AUGGCCUUCAAGAAUGGGCUGAGUGAACGCCUCGACGAGCUCCGUUUCCCUUCUCCUCGCUCUCCACCCUCCGAAUCGGUCUUUCCUGGAUAUACUUCGCUCUCACCCGGCCACUCUAACUUCGGCCCUGGCUUCUCACGACCAUCAGGCGAUGUCCGCGCCAAUUUGCAACGUCGUUUCACCACGGACUCGAGUAAAUUGACUUCGUCAUGGAACUAUCUCAGUCCGGGAGGCACCACGCAAAUGCCAGACCAUCUGGAUCUGCUGUCCUCGUUUGAGAAAAAACGUCAGCAUAUCGAAUACAUGAGAGAGCAGAAACGGCGCUUCGAAGAAGACAUGAAACUGCUAGAUAUGCAGCAUGAGAAGGAGAAGAUUGAAAUGGACCAGCUUGCUCGGGAUCUGGCGAAGGCUGGCCUCUCCGGGCCAGUGAGUGAGCCGACGACCCCUCCUGAGCAUGCAGAGCCAACCGUCUCUUCAGUCUCUCGUCCCGGCAGAUUCUCAACUUCCAGCGUCACUUCAUCCCCCGGAUUCUUCUCCGCGUUUGCUCUUUCCUCGCAGUUGACUUCCCCUCAAGGCGCCCCGCACUCGCAUUCGUCUCAAGCCAACAAUCAACCAGUUGAUCGAUUUGCUGGCCACUCGAUGCCCACAUCUCGCCGCAACUCAGAGAAGGACGAAUUCGUCAUGGAGAGUGCACCUUUCCGACCAGGACCUUCGCUACACCGAUACUCUCUGCCUAGCAACAACUUCAGCAGCCCGUACCGACCCAACGGCUCCACCUCUGGAUAUAAAAGCAACGGUGGUCUUGAUUCUUUCGCUGCUACCAAACACCUCUUCCCCAGUGACGAACACAAGAUGAACAACCUGAAGGACGACGAUCGACUCGGCCAGCUCGAGCAGCUCGACCGACUCAACCGACUCUCAACCCCAGACAUCAAGAGCUACAUCAAGAUGACUGAGCCUGAUGACAAGUUCCCCACUCUGUCUCGCCGAGAUGGCUCCAACCUCCUCUCGGCCAAUCCUGAUGCCCAUGAUCUCGCCAACGCCCGUACUCCGGUGCCAGAUUCAUAUUCCUUCCACAGCCGUUAUCGCAGCAGCCACCAGAGCAUGCCUCAGAACUUGAUCAGUGCGAUGCGCUUUGAUUCGUUGACCAGCCCAGUCAAGGACGAGCGUGGUGGUGUGGCUCACUCUCGUCACAUUGCCCGUCACUCUCUUGAAGGAGGCCUCACUUUCUCAAGUGAGCGCACCCCCGAUGUCUUCACCCCAGUGACUACUAGCCGCCCAAGUUCACUGCAGACCUCCUACUCAACCAACGAUUUGCCAACUGUUAAAGGCAGUGACUUUGAUCCCUUUGAUGCGGCGAUCACCACUCCCAAGACCAACGCUGAGCACCUUCACCAGCACAAUGCCAGCAUGGGCCGCAUCCCCGCUGGAGCAGUCACCUCUCCUUUUGGCAAGGGUUCCCCCGAGACUGACGUGAUCAAGAGCAGCCUGCCUGCGCAGACAAUUCUUCAGGCUAGUGCUGCGCCUUUUGGUCCUCAGUUGACCUCUGCAGCUGCCAAUAACGGCAUGACAAGCUCGGUUGCCCCUGGGGGUGUUCCAUUCCCUCCUUUGUAUGGCUAUGGAGUCCAGCCAUACGUCGCGCCGCCAACCCCGGCGAACAACCAGAUUGCGGCUUUCGGCCAGGCCAACAACUAUGCCGCCUAUCCUGCUCCAGCUUUUGCAGCCAACAACUAUCGCUACAACGAUGCUGCUACUCGCGGUACCGUUCCUCAGCGCCGUCAGACUGAGAGCGAUGCGGGACAGGCGACUCGCUACGCCAACCACCCCCUUGAGUACUGGAAGGGCCAGCUGUACAGCCUUUGCAAGGACCAGCAUGGAUGCCGUUACCUGCAGCGAAAGUUGGAGGAGCGCAACCCCGAGUAUGUCCAGCUCAUCUUCAGCGAGGUCUACAUGCAUGUGAUCGAGCUGAUGACUGAUCCGUUCGGCAACUACCUGUGCCAGAAGCUUCUCGAGUACUCCAACGACGAGCAGCGCACCGCCCUCAUUGACAACGCGGCUCCCCAGCUCGUUAAGAUCGCGCUGAACCAGCAUGGUACCCGCGCUCUCCAGAAGAUGAUCGAGUUCAUCUCCACUGCUGAGCAGACCCAGACUGUCAUCAAUGCGCUCAAGCACCAUGUCGUCGAUUUGGUCCAGGACCUGAAUGGCAACCACGUCAUUCAGAAAUGCUUGAACCGUCUGAACGCCGAGGAGGCCGAGUUCAUUUACGAGGCUGUUGGUGCUCAUUGUGUCAUUGUCGGCACUCACCGUCAUGGAUGCUGUGUUCUGCAGCGCUGCAUUGAUCAUGCCUCUGGUGCUCAGAAGGCUCAGCUGAUCGCUCGGAUCACCGCGAACUCGUACACUCUCGUCCAGGACCCCUUCGGAAACUAUGUUGUUCAGUACAUCCUGGAUCUUGCCGAUUCGCGUUUCACCAAUCCUUUGUGCCAGACCUUUGCCGGUAACAUCCCUUCUCUGUCCAAGCAGAAGUUCAGCUCCAAUGUGAUCGAGAAGUGUCUGCGCACUGCGGAUGGUCCUGCUCGCCGUGACAUGAUCGACGAGAUUCUGAGUGGCAACGAGCUGGAGAAGAUGCUGCGUGAUUCAUUCGCGAACUACGUUGUGCAGACUGCCAUGGACUUUGCUGAUGCCGAGACUCGUCAACGCAUUGCCGACGCUGUCCGUCCCAUCCUGCCGUCGAUUCGUUCGACCCCCCACGGACGCCGACUUUCCAGCAAGCUGAUGGCCGCGGAAGGAUCUGGCCGGUCCAGUGCCCAGAGCAGUGGACAGGUGACCCCUAACGAGGUUCCAACUGCUCUCCAGCUUCCGAAGCAUCUUCCGGGCGUGAAGCCGCCUUACCCCGCUUUCCACUCGGCCACCAGUUCUAUCCAAGGCACCAAUGGGAUUAGCAGCUAUGGUUUCUCCAGUGGCGUCGCUUCUCCUUCUGCCACGGAGACCCCCAGCGAAAGCACCGAGAUCUACAGCCCCUCUUCGUCUGUCGCCAACGGACACACUGGUGCCCAGGGUCCUUUUUACCCUUACCGUUGA